UUUCUGAUCCAGUGGGCCCAAAACUUUUUGGUGUCAAUGUGGAAGAAAUGAAUUUACAAUUUUAUAGUGGGAAGGAUUCCUCUUCUCCGGUACGUGAUUUCCGAAAGAGACCGUUCGUCCCUUUCAGUUGCACCCUCCUUCCUCUGUCAGCCCAAACCAAAAAAUAAAAAAUAAAAAAUUUUCCUUGGCGCCUUCUCUCUUUCCCUCUCUCAAAUUCCACGAUUGAGAAACCCUAGAGACUUCUCUCUGCUCCACAUUCUCAUUUCUCUCUAUGUGGAUUCUACUGGUGAAGCAGGAGCACCUCCUUGCAUUGUCCUCUCACUCGCUUCUCCUCUGUUGCUGUUGCUGUUGCAGUUACAGUACCAGUACUCCUGGCAGAUAAAUUUUCGGAGACUUCCAUGGACGAUGAUCUGUGGGAUUGGCCAUAUGAUCAAGGUUUCUCCUUUUUUGAUGCCGAUGAAAGCAGUUACAAUCUGGAAUCUGGAUGGCAGGCUGAUUUUUACUUUGGUAAUGGGAAAGAUGUUAUAGAAGAAAAUGCUAUGAAUGAAAAGUAUUGUGUUCAAGUACUGAAGAUUUUAAUACGGAAAGCAGAUGCUGACAUCGAUGAUCUUGAAGAAAAUCUGUUGUUGCUUCAUUGUGACCUUGCAUGGACAGAAAGUAGAAACCAAUUAGAAGCAUGCUGUAAUGCUUUGAGAGAGAAGAUUGACGUUCUUGAUCAUUCAAUGAAGAGCUGGAGACAAAGUGAUAAGAUUAAUACAAAUGAUCAGUCAUCAUUACAUAGACAACAGGCAGAGAAAUUGUACGAGAUUUUGAAGCCUUUUCUUGGAGACGAUUGUGAACAAGAUGAUGGGCAGGAUCAGCAUGCAACCGUGAACAACCGAAGUCCUGAUACUGAGAUGGAGUUGAUCAGUCCAUUGUGUGAAACCUCAAGCAUUCCGGGGUCGAAAGUCAAAAGAGAAGAAACAGGAGUCAAGAGCAUUUUGUUGGCGGUGGAUGCAAUGCCCAAUGGUUCAGUUCGAAAGCACAAGGAAAAUGAUAGCAUUCACGAUAUAGAAGUUAAGCCAAAAAUUGUCACUGGUGGAGUUCGCUUAAAUUCGUUUGUGACUGAAGAAAAUAGUUGCUUGAAGCCAGACAAUCUGAAACCUGUUUCAAAAGUAAAGAUUGAGGAAGCUAAGGAACACCUUAUAAAUAACUCAUUCAAGAGCAGAAGGUUGAAGUCAGCUUCAAAUGUAGUUGGCGAACGCAACCUUCUAAAAGGACAGAAGCAAGGGAAAUCUGUUGCUGAAAAGGCCAACCCAGAUGUCCCAAGACAAAGAGAUGGACUCAGUGGAAAUAAAAGAUCUUUUGAUCCCAAUAUAGAGGAAAAGCUAAUUGAUUUUUUGUUGAGGACAAAGAGAAACAAGAGUGAUGCCGGGCCAGCUCUCCCUCAAUCCAUUGGAAGUGGUGCCUCCUCAUGUUUAUCUUCAAACACAAAAGGGAUGGUGGACAACUAUCUAAAAGUUUCCGAGACUCCAAAACCUGGUUCAUUUGACUCUUCAAAUGUUCUUGUAAUGUUGCUUACAAAACUGCAAGGUCAGCAGGGAAAUGUUAUAGUCAGAACCCGGACCAAGGAGACCGACAAGUUAUUGCCGGAAGAUUCUAAAAAUGUUAAUGUUUCUCGUGAAAAGUCACAUUUGAACAUGGAUCAUAAGCAGAAAGCGUUUACUGAGUGGAGGGGAGAGAGCAAAUUACACACUUCUAUUUCGAAAGAAAAAAAGACUGAGAUGCAGGACGGUGCUUUUGACGUUGAGAAGAACUUAGGUCCUUUGUCCCAAAGCAAAGGGACUUCAAAAUUGCUGGUUGGUGAAGAGUUUAUAGAUUUAUCUCUUGUUGAUACUAGUUCAGAUCAAAUCAAACCCAGCGGCGGAACUGGGGAUGACAACCAAAUGGUGAAGUCACGUGCCACCAUUGACGAUCAAAUAGCCAAAAUUUUAGCACUUUUACCUUCCUCAGCUCUCGAAUUGCAGAAACUGACUCUAGUAGAUCUGAGGAUUAUUGCAAAGGAACUCAAUUUGACCAAAUAUCAUAAGCUUCGCAAAACGGUGCUGCUCGAUCUGCUUGUUGGCCGGUUGAAAAGCUGUUAGGUCAACAACAUAUUACAUCAAGAUUGGAUGAAUCACUUUUUGAUCUCCGCAACUUUUUUUGAAAUUUUGAAUGCGAAGGAUUAUGGAUUUGAGAAUCAGGACAAAGUUGGCCGAACUACUCAAUAGGAGCCAAUGUUAGCAAUAAAAUGCUUGGAGGAAAUGAAGUUAGAAGGUGGAAUACGAUAUUGUAUGAGUUAAGGUAUUGGCAACGGGAACCACCCUCUUCCACCUUACCAUCUAGCUUCCACCUCCUACUUUCCUUCACUUUUAGCGGCCACCCUCACUUUUCCACUCAAAAUUUCAAGUUACCUUGCUUGCCAACUUUAAGAUAAAUUUCACUUAAAUAAAUAAUCAAACAAUUUACCAAUAUUUUAAAAGAAAACGAAGCUCGGAUUUACGGUAUAUAUGUUGUAAUUCAUAUGUAUACAACCUAAUCUCUAAUUAAUUAACCGAAUGACCAUAAAGUUUUCAUGUUCGAA